UGGUCACUGGUCGGUGAGCUUAGCUAGGCCCUCGAGGGGAAUGGAGGCGGCCGGAGCGGAAGGGAGGAGGCCGGUGGGCAGGGUGGAGGCAAGCCCGGAGCGGGGCAGACCGGCGUACGCGUCGUCGGUGAGGCCGGCGCCGGCGAGGCCCAUGAGGAAGGUGCAGAUCAUCUACUACCUCUGCAGGAACGGGCAGCUGGAGCACCCGCACUUCAUGGAGCUCGCGCAGCAUCCACACCAGCCCCUCCGCCUCAAAGAUGUGACGGACAGGCUCACGCUGCUGAGGGGUAAAGGCAUGGCGGCUCUCUUCGCAUGGUCAUGCAAGAGGAACUACAAGAACGGGUACGUGUGGAACGACUUGUCGGAGAACGAUGUGAUCUACCCGUCGGACGGCGUGGAGUACGUGCUCAAGGGCUCUGAGAUCUUCCCUGGCUGCUCUUCAGAUCGGUUGCAGCACCUCCGGGCGACCGACAGGUCUCCGACGAAACCCCUGGCCCUCCCCCACAAGCAGUACGUGGACAGAUACCGAGACGACGCCGCAGAAGAUCCCGACGACGACGAGCUGGGGCACUGUUACCACCGCCGAGCCGCGGCAGCUCGGCCCGACAAGCCCGUCUUGGCUCGCACCAUCCGGAGCCGUCCCGUGGAGCUGCCAGUCGAGGAAACCUCGCCGCCGUCCUCGACCUCCUCGGACAAGCCGCCGGAGCCCCAGCAGCCGAGUGGGCGGGCCGAAGAGCCUGAGCCGAACCGCCCCGGCUCGAUGCUUCUGCAGCUCAUCGCGUGCGGGUCGACGGCGGCCGCAGCCGGCUCGGGGAAGUGCCGGGCGGAGCCGAGGCGGAGCUGCGGCUUGGUGAGCCGGCUCUCGUCCCGCGCCGGCCCGGACGAUGAGGAGGAGGCGGGCGGCGAGCUGGGCCGGCGGUUCGGGCACCUGGCGGUGGAGGAGAAGGAGUACUUCAGCGGCAGCAUCCUGGAGGGUGGCGGCGGCUGCCGGGGCAUGCCGCUACCGGCGUCGUCGCUCAAACGGUCCAACUCGUACAACGAGGAGAGGAGCUCGAGGCUUGGCGUUGGUGCAACCGGUGAGCAGAUGGAAGGCGACCAAGGGAUCAGGGGAAGAUGCAUCCCCGGCAGGAAGAAGCAGCAACCGCAGAAGUAGGCCUGGCGUCUUCAUCAGAUUUGCAAGAACUAAACAUCUAGCAGUUUCUCUACCUGUAACACAAAACUCGGUUGAACGCCGAUGUGUUUGGCAUCUUUUUUUAAAAAAAAAUUGGCAAGGGAGCUUCUCUCAUACUCAUUAAGAGGGUGAGCACCAACGCAGAGCCGAGGCUUGAACGCUGGUGUUUAGCAUCUUUAGAUCUGUGAUGUUCAGGGCAUGCCAGUUAA